AUGGUACGGGAUGAGGCUGCGUCCGAAUACUCCUUCUCGACUGUGGAAUCAAACCCAGAUCCGGGAGGUGUUUUCGGUGAUGACAUUUGUCCGUCUCUGGCAACGCACGAAUCUGUGUAUAACGCCGUUAAGAAUCGAUGGGUUAGAGCCUCGACCCAGGAAUUUAUCUGGGGCGACGGUGAUACUUAUCAUAUCCGAUCGUUUUUGGAAUGUGUCGAUGGUGUGCCUCCCCUCCGCGUCGGUAAGCUCGACGGCUACUAUCGGAGAACGCCACACCACGAAGUCGAUCAAGUCCAGGCCAAUUUCACCAUUCCAGGCAUGAUGCGUUUACAGACUACUGAUGCUCCAGAUUGCUCUCAACCAAUAAAGGAUAUCGAGUUCAAUGUGUUACUGGGCUCCUCGACAUGGUCUACGUUUGCCGAAGCCAACGAUGAGAUUGAGCUGAUGACAAGCUCCUUCCGCAAAAGACCUUGUCGACUCAAGCACUUGAGGCGGUUAGUCUUGGGUUGGUCCUACGCAUUAUCUUGUAGGUGGCCUGAGUUGGUGCAGGCCAGUGGACAGGAGGCUGCAGUUGUGCACCAAGCGAAUUGGAGCUCUGAGGAAGCAUUUUGGAAGAUGAUAAAAGAUGAAAGCUGGCAAGUCCACUUCACCCAUGAGAACCAAGUUUACUAUUCUCCAUUCAUGAUCAAAAGCGAAGGUUGGACCAAAAGUCAUCGGUAUACCAUCACCAUUUUCACCAUGUUCCUUUGCGACGCUAACAAAUAUCAUAGUCUGUCUACUAAACCGGGAUCGGCGAAUUUCAGCAAAGUAUUUGAUCUCCUGCUACGCUUUUGUGCUCGGCACCUCCUGUGGCCUGAGUUCUUCAUGGCUAUGGCGAUCGCUGUGUUGUCUCGACCUACUUUCCGAAGACCUGUUCCAAAUUUGAUGCCAUGGACUCCAACCCCGGCCCUCGAAGUAACCACCUCCGGUGGGACAGUUCCUCCUGCUGCAUACGAAGUCUUCGACCGAAUCGAUCAGAUUUUAAUGCUGGGAUCCGUAAUUGAAGGGACGGAUUCCUUCCUCUCUGAAGCAUCGUUCGAUCCCUCAUUGCCUUGUAAUAUCUUGGGCGCACAAUACAUGGCAAUAUUUUCUGCUCUGGACAUCGACAAUGAAGGAAGCGGCGAUCGUUUUCUCACGGCGAUCUGUACGUUGUUUCCACACCUGACCUUGUUUUGGUAUGCUGCUGCUGCUUGCGGUCAAGCCCGAGAAAUGAUGGACGAAAUAUUCAGUUUAGGGCCUCCUGUCUGUAUUCCUCUAGCGAUGUGGACGCGCCGUGUACAGACCGCCUGGCAGGUAUCGUAUGUAUUCGACAACGGAGAAGACGACAUCAGUCGAGCGAAAGAACUUUCCCUACUAUUCCUGACACGUCCAGAAAUGAUACAGCCGCUGCCUUGA